UUGUAUAGAUAUCCGAUUUCUAUUUUCUACUCGUGUGCCAACUCUUUUUCCUUUUGUGAUUGACAGAUACACAGAAUGUUAAAGGACUGACAUUUACUAGCUGGAACAUACGGGGCGGAAACAAUCCUGUGAAAAGAGCCAUGGAGAGCCUGGUGCAUUAUAGCAAUCCCCUCCAUCCCCUCUCAGUCUUGGGGCUUCUCAAUGAGCAGCGCCUGCGAGGCCAGAUGUGUGACGUGGUCCUGGUUGUGGGGGACCAGAGGUACCGGGCCCAUAAGAACAUUCUGGCUGCCAGCAGUGAGUAUUUCCAGACGCUGUUCACACGGGCCGACGCAGAGUCACUGAAAGUUGUGAACCUGGACUUCUGCGAGCCCGACGCCUUUGAGAUAGUUCUGAAUUACAUUUAUUCCUCCUCACUAUUUGUGGACCAAGGCAGCUUGGCAGCCAUCCAGGAGCUGGGCUACAGCCUGGGGAUCCCCUUCCUCACCAACAUCUUGUCAACAAGGCCGCAUGCAUCCUACUGUGUGUCUCGAAAAAGGAUUUCCUUCUCAGAGGGGAAUGAUAAUGAUGUUCAGACGAGUGUCAUUGUGCACCAAGUCCGGACUGACAGCUCCCUGAUGUCUUGCUCCAGUUAUCAGAGAAAUCUAGCAGAGAGGACAUCGCCACCCAGCUCAGGCUACAGCUCACGUGAAACAACAAGGACAUCUGAAUCCAUCACCAGAAAACCACCUGAACAGGGCGAUGCUUCUGAAAGGAAGACCACCUACGCAUACGCCUCCAUUGUCAAAGGAAACCCAUCAGACUUUACAUCAGUGAGACCGCAGCUGACAUCCUCAGUGUCUUUCAGUGAUGCUGAAAUGCAGCACGUCAGCCUGCAGCCAGACUCCGACCAUGACAAUAAAGAGGAGAGUGAGGAGCCACGGUUACUCUAUAACACCAAUGUGCCCCUACAGGGUCAAACCAGUAAACCAAAUCAGGCCAUUGACAGGAGCGGGCCACUCAUAAAAAGCCUGCUGCGGAGAUCCUUAUCCAUGGACAGCCCUGUUCCGGUCUUCUCGCCGACACUGGAACUCAAGGAGCUGCAAAACCGCGAGCAGUCAGUUGUUAAAAUGGCAUCCAAAGCAAUUGAGCGACAAUCAUCUGAUCACAACGGUGGUUCAAAAAUAUCACCUCCUCUGGUUCUCAGGUCAAAGUACCCCAGCAGUUAUGACAACGCAACUCAGGUGGAACGAGUGGUAAGUGUGAAAGAUGAGCCCAGCAGUCCACUCGCUGACCCCUCAGACAUUGUCCGGAUCACAGUCGAAGAAGCUCUGCCAGUCAGUCUCAAAGACUUCCAAACACAUUAUGACCCAAGUUCCAGGCCGGACAUUGGUUCUCUUGGGAAAAGAAAAGAGAGAGCAGACAACAGAAGGUACCCAUUUAAGAAGAAUAGAAUGUCUAAAGCACACCACCAAGAUAAGAGCUCGUCAGAAGAGGUGCCUCAGAAUGCUACGAUCGACUCCAAUGAAAACACAGAGGAGCAAUUUCAGAACAAGAUUUUCAAGUGCUGGAACUGUUUGAAGGUUUUUAGGUCUGGUGCUGGACUGCAUCGCCAUGUGAACAUGUACCACAACCCCGAAAAGCCAUACGCUUGUGACAUUUGCCACAAACGCUUUCACACCAACUUCAAAGUAUGGACGCACUGCCAAACUCAGCACGGCGUCGUACAGAACCCGGCUUCAUCCUCCACAUCCUCCGUACUGGACGAGAAACUGCAAAAGAAGCUGAUAGAAAUAGUGCGAGAGCGAGAAAUCAAGAAGGCCUUGCUUUGGAAGCUCAAGCGGAAUAAGCAGUCGGCUAUGCCCUCUACCACAUUUGCCAAAAAGAGAUUGAGGCCAAACUUUGUAUGUCCUUACUGUGGGAAGGCAUUCCUGUUCCAGUCUCAGUACAGGCAACAUUUGAGGACGCAUCCUGUUGAAGAAACUGAUCAGCACAAUGCAGCGGAGAGCGUCCUGUAUCAGGAGCAGGACAGUAUUUCUCAGCAGAAGAACACAGAUGAUUGUGUUUAUUCCUGCAGACUUUGUAACAUGAAGCUUUCUUCUCUCUUCGAACAAGGCGACCACGAGCGGGGCUGUCGCUACGCAACAGUAUGCCCUUACUGCGGUCUUCGAUUCUCAAGCCCAGCCGUCAAGAAAGACCACGAGGCACAUUGUAAAUUCAAAAAACUGACAUGCCUGGAGUGCAUGCGGACCUUCAAGUCCUCCUUCAGCAUAUGGCGCCACCAGGUGGAGGUCCACAACCACAACAUGAUGACUACUAAAGAGCAGAAGCAACAAGAGAGCAAUGAAGAAGUGCCUGAAAUGCUCAAAGAUGGGCCUUUUGGUGACGUGCCUCUCGCUACCGGGUGCUCGAGAGAAAACAUUAGUUACAGUGACUCAUCAGGCCCACCCAUCUACGAUUCCGAAGACUCCUCAUCCUGUGGGCCUGAGGAUCUGAGCAUGGGCCACUAUGGCAAGCUGGUAGUGAAAGAAGAGCCAAUAGAAGAGGCUGUGUGCGAGAGGGAAAACUUGGAUUCUGGCAGGACCGGGCUAGAGGACACCGGCAUGUGGCCGUGCGAGAAGUGCGGGAAUAUUUUUACGUCUCGCAAAGAUCUGGAACGACACACAGAGCUGCUGUGCCACAUCAAACCCUUCAUCUGUCACAUUUGCAACAAAGCCUUCAGGACCAACUUCCGCCUUUGGAGCCACUUCCAGUCCCACAUGUCGACUCCGAACGAAGCCGUAGCCAAAGAGGGUGACAGGCACCCUUCGCCGCAGUCCCCCUCCCCUCCCAUGACUCCUCACAACCUGGAGCACCGCUCUCCGCAGUCCUCUGUCCUCACAUCAUCUCAGAUGGUACCAGCAGCCGCCACAGCAUGCGAGGAGUCCAUCAACCCGGAGCUGUGUAGCUCCUCAGCGAGUAUGAGGCCUGAACUGGAACGACAGUCCAGCAGCCACAGCCCUCUGUCCAGGUCAAACAGCAUGGAGAAUCCAGGUGGGCCUCAGGAAGCGGACACGCUCUUUUACCACGCGCCCUCACUGUCUGCACUGACCUUUAAGAGACAGUACAUGUGCAAACUCUGUCACAGGACCUUCAAGACGGCGUUUAGCCUCUGGAGCCACGAGCAGAGUCACGGCAACAUGUAAGCAUUGGACACCUUCUCGUUUUUUUUUGUUUGUUUUUUUUAAUCAAACACCUCAGUCUGCAAACAAUUUGAAUGUAUCGCUUCUAUUGUGUCUCCACCGUACAGUGAAGUGGCCGUCGUCUUCUGAAGAGAACGAGCUGGAAUUCUCCCUUAGACAGAAAUAAUUAUAUAAAUCCCCCCGAUGACAUAUCUGUUUGAAUUUUUAGUUGACUAGUCUGGAUCGUUUUAGUUGUUUUUGAAAAACGAGGUACUUCUCUAUUUUUAAAAAAUGUCCAGUCGGGGGGCGGGGGCGAAUGGUUUUGAUGGAUUAUUGGAAAAGUGCAUUAAUUUGUGGAGGCUGCAAUUUCUUGGAAAUUUUGUGAAGGUUUUUUUGGGUGGCCCCUUUUCACAAUCAAAUGUUGUAAGAUAAUUAAGACCUCGGAUUCUAGUAAUAUUUCCAAAGUGGAUGUUUUGGAUAAUAGUUACAAGUUUAUACUGACGAAUUUUUGAUCUUUGGUUUUUUGUUUUUGUUUUUACUGUUUUAGUUAAUUAUUCUUUUUGUGGUUGACUGAACAAGACCUCCAAUGCAGGGGUGGAGGCAGGAAUUAACUUUUUUGGCGGGGGGGAGGGGGGUGUAACUAAAUGUUGCCAUCAUAUAGCAGUGGGCGGUGUAUUGCCUAGUUAUCCCUGUUCAAGGUUUAUACUCGGUUCAGGAUUCGCUAACCCCAGGUCAGAGUGGGGAAGUCUGUUGGAACAGUUAUUAAAGGCAUGUUUUUACUACUGUGCUGUCUGUGGUGCUUUUGGCCAAUGGAAAGAAACAGUGCAGAGGCUUUUUGACGCAGUGCCUCGAAACAGCUCAUCAUCUCUGCUGCACAGUGGGUUUCAGAUGUGACAAAGAAGAUUCCAGGAGUUUGAUGGCUGCAUUAAAACAAAUGCAAAUUGCCGCUAUGAUGAUCAAUUAUUUUCAUAAUUGAUCAGUUGUCAGGUUCAUAAAAUGGUGACAAAUGCCGACCAGUGUUAUCCAAAACCCAAUAUGAUGCGUUCAGUUGUCUUUGUCCACAGCCCAGAAACAUUCCAUUAACUGCCAGAAAGCAGAAAUCAAACUAGUAAAAUAAGCCAGAAAAUAUUUAGAUUUCAGAAUCUGAAUCAGGGAAUUUGGGUUUUUUUAUGACAAAAUGAUUAUUCAGAAUGGCUGUCUAUCAAUUUUAUAGUUGCUUAAUAAUCGAUUAAUCAUCGCUAAUGGCGAUUAAUUGCAAGCACAGAGAAAUGUAUGCUAUGCUAGUGGCUUCUUCUAUGCUGUGAUUUCUGGUCCUAUAUGUGCUGCUGCCCCCAGUGGCCAAGAAAAGGAGAGCAGAGAUGGUGUUGAUGUUCUGCAGUACAGUAGUAAAUCAAACUAAAGAAGGUUGUUUGAAUGUUUAAAAAAAAAAAAAAAUACAUGU